CUCCAGCCCCUGCAGUCUGGAUCUGUUCCCAUUAAACACAGCUCCUCCGCCGUGGAUCUGGUGGCUUUAAUCCAGCCGAUCUGCCAGCUGUGGGAGAAACUGUCCUGGCCCGACCCCGAGGAGGCCUUCAUGCUCAUGGUCAAAAUCACUGAGGAUGUGUGUAAGAUCGUGGUGAAUUACUGCAACUUACUGAAGGAGAGAGUCAGGGAGCUGUCGGAGAACUCGGACCACGGCAGAGCCAUCAACAUGUUGUGUGUGGUGGUGAACGACCUGGAGCACCUGCGCUCGGUUCUGACCCGUCUUCCCACGCAGCUGAACUGGGCCGGGCUUCGGGAUCGAACCCAGAAUGUGAUCGGAGAGAACCAGUUUCACAACACGCUGCCCGCCCAGCUGCAGCAAACCAAGAGCGUCCUGGCGCGAGAGAUACGGUCCGCUUUAGACACUCUGGGGAAGCAGUUAAACACAGAUAUUGAGACGCAUGUCCGAAACAUGUCCACCAGGAAGAGGAUUCCCUCCAAGUCCACGGAGGAUGCUGCAGACCCUCUGAUGCGCUACCUGGAGCAGGAGCUGCAUUAUAUGAAUGAAAACCUGGUUCAAGAGAACUUCAACAGUCUCCUGAUUCCGUUGUGGAUCAACUCGUUGAAGAUCCUCCACCAGGUGGCUGCUCAGCACCAUCAGCAGGAAGGACUGAUGGUGUUCUGCCAGAGGCUGCAGUACACUCUGCAGUGCCUGGAGCAGUGCUUCCUCGCUGAGGGGAAUGGGCUCCCUCUGGAUAUAUUACACUCUGAUGAGUACAAGGCUCUCAAAGCUCACCUGUCUCACAACUCUCUGAGCAGCUGGAAGCUUGUGGAGAAGUUUCUGGAAGGGAAAGUAUGGGAGCAGAAAGUGUACAACGGAGAGAAAUAUGGUGCGGUCACCCUCCUGGCGUCCUACAGGAGGUCAGACCAGAGACUCAGGAUCGAGGUGUUGAACGCCAUGAACCUCCUACCAAUGGACUCUAAUGGUCUGAGCGACCCCUUUGUGCAGCUGUGUUUGGAGCCAAACCACAUUUUCCCUGAAGUGGAGCCUCGCUGCACGCAGAUCAAAAACUGUGAUCUCAACCCCCUUUUCGACGAGGCCUUUGAAUUUCUGAUUUCUCUGGAGCAGUGCCAGGCUUCAGGAGCGUGUCUGGUCGUCACGGUUUUCGAUCACGACACUUUGAGGACGGACGACUUCGAAGGCGAGGCGUUUUUGGGACUGAAGGCCAUCCCGGGAGUCGCAGGACAAAUGGAGGGAAAUGAACUCAGCUUACAUCCGGACGCCGUUCCUGCUCAGAUCAGACUAUCUCUGAUGCAUCCUAAACCCAACGACGACAACAUCCUGCGGCUGCUGGAGUCGAGGAGAGGCGAGAGAGAGGCUCAGGCCUACGCGAAGAAGCGAAGACAGCGAGAGAAACAGUCCCAGGAGGGGAUUUAACCCAAAACAAAAAACACAAGACAGUUGUUCUUCUUCCAAAAAUAUACAAUUUGUUUUAAUGAUCUGUACCAAAAACAUGGGAGAAUCCACUCAGACAGAAACACUGGUGAUGAUGAGCUGUGGACAGGAUGCUGAGAUAUGGGUUUAAUCAAAGACUUGCAUUUAAACAAUAAUCCGUCUGCUUCUCUGAUGCUUUGUCUAAUCAGUGCAAGAAAUAGCUAUGGAUUUAAUCAACGAUGCGUGUGUAUGAAUAACAUAUAUAUAAGACGAGAUUUGACACAGUGUGACAUGUCAAAGAUACGGAAGAGGAUUAGGGCCACAUGGUCACAUGUGAAUAUAUUUCAAUUCUGACUGUCUUCCCAAAAUUGAACAGAUUCUCAAAAAUUAUCUUUUUAUUUUGCAAAGAAAAACUGAAUACUUAAUAAAGUCAUGAUUCUUGAAGAAAGUAA